UUAUUGAAUUCGUACAAGUGUUUUUAAAGAUUAUUCUAUUAGUGUUUCAUACAUAAUUUAUACAGGCAAUGCUGAUAUUGCUUCCAAUGAGUUAUUUAUAAUAUACUGAAAUAAAUAAUUUUUUUAAUUCGUUAAAAUGGGAAAAUUGUUGAGUCUUUUGGCACGUGACGAGUCAAAUUGUUGUUCGUCGCCGAGAUACGAUAUUUUCUUAGAUUUCGAAAAUGCAGCGCCCACGGAUACUGAACGAGAUGUUUUUGAAGAAGUCCAAAGAGUUUUGCUGGAUUCUGAAAGAAUUUUAGAAGAAAUACAGUGUUACAAAGGAGCUGGGAAAGAAAUUCGAGAAGCUAUAGCGGAUCCUUCGCGAAUAACUCAGGAACGAGCCUGGCGUGCCGUCAAACCAUUGGUGGACAAACUUCUCAGAUGCUACCAACACUCCAUUGAGCUGCAGCGAGUAGUUCCUCGUUUACUAGGAUCACUAGUGGGGGGCGCUAUGAGUCCGACACAGCAUCUCGAGCAACAGCAAGCACUGGUCAAACAGUUCGCAGAAAUACUCGAGUUUGUUCUCAAAUUUGAUGAACACAAGAUGAAAACGCCAGCAAUUCAAAACGACUUCAGUUACUAUCGACGUAGCGUAUCCCGGGGAGGUCUCAUCAAUUCAGAAUUACCACCUGACGAAGAACCACACAUAGGCGCAGAAGUGGCCAAUAGAAUGUCUCUCUUCUAUGCACAAGCCACGCCAAUGCUCAAAGUACUCUCAGAAGCGACCAGCCAGUUUGUGAACGACAACCAGCAAGACUUGGAGAACACGACAGAGACACUUAGUACUAUGGCUAAAGUUUGCUUAAGGAUGUUGGAAAACCCAAAACUGGUCGCUCAGUUCAGUCGUGAAGAGACAUCACUGCUCGUCCUCCGUGUUAUGGUAGGUCUUAUAAUCCUGUACGACUGGGUGCAUCCUUCAGGGGCUUUCUGUCGCUCCUCAUCCGUUGACGUCAAAGGCUGCGUCAAAUUCCUUCAGCAGCAACCACCGGCGAAAGCAGAGCCUUUGCUGAAUGCACUUCGGUACACGACUAAGCAUCUCAACCAUCAGUCGACGCCGAAGAACAUCAGGGCCCUGCUAGCGGCGUGAGGACACCAUUCAAGCCUUGCAUGUUGCUGUGGGGACUGAUUUGACAAUAACCUGUGGGGAUUUCUCGUCGCCAUUUUCCGUUGCUCUUAGACGGGCCUGUUUAUUGUAGAUCAAUUUAUAACUGAACCUUCAUUUAGAGAACAUGUGGAUUCUUCUGCUUUAAAAAUUACAGACUAUUUAACAAAAAUCUCUGUAGAUGAGAGAUCAUUGUUAUAUAAACAUUCGCGAGUUCCUAAAAUAGAACAUAACUAAAAAAAACUCCUCAAAAGAAUCAGAAUUUAUUAGACUUUCUAUUAGACCUAAAUAUCAGUUAAAAAAUAAAGCAAUACAAAUAAGUUUGUAGAAAGAAGAGCGAAUGUGGAAAAUUUAAUGAAAAAAAAUUUACACACAGAAAGCUGAUCCCUUGCCGUGAAUUCGCACUGAUAAAAAAAAAUCACAUAAAAACAUGUCACAGUAUUUUCAGAAAGAGAAAAAAAAAUUAUAAAAUGUCAUGUAAAUGUUCCGAUACUGCAAUAUCAACGUUUGGUUUACAAUAAACAGCAACGCUUAGUUAAAUUACAAAUAGAAAUAGGAUAUUCUAGAAAAUAAAGACAUUAAUACAAACGUUUUCCUACCAAAAUACUAUUAGAAUACUUUCCUUAGUUCCAGAACCGUUUUAAAGUCGGUUUCCACUGUUGAGAAACAUGUUAAAUUUAAUAUUAACUUACAUUUCAUCCAUUGAGUAUGUGUAAGUGAUUUUGUGAGAUUGAUGUAAAGAAUUGAUUGUAAAUAUAUAGCACAAUGUAAGUCAAUACAAUACAUAAAUUAUUAAUGUUGAGUUUCAAAU